AUGGCCCCUUCAUUUGAUGAUCCAAUUUUCAUCUCACGCGCCACCACCACCACCACCGCAUACUCCAAGCGCCGGAAGCUUAUGGAUAACCACCACCAGAAACCUCUGCUACCUGGUCUACCUGAUCACAUCGCUCAACUUUGUCUAAACCUUGUCCCUCCCUCCACCCUCUACUCCGUCUGCCGUUCAUGGCGGCGAUUGAUCUACACAUCGUCUUUCCCGCCGUUCCUCUCUCUCUACACUCUCUCUUUCCCCACCACCACUUCCUCCGGUCACAACCCAACACUCCAACUCUCUUCUUUUGACCCAAUCUCUUCCAACUGGAGUAUCAUCACUCCACCCACACCCUACCUCCGCCACAUCUGCCUCCGUCACCCUUCGUUCAUCGCCCGAAACUUACCCAUGCAAUCAAUAUCAGUCGCCGGCAACCUCGUCUUACUCGCCGGAACCACCGGCGACCUCCUCCCCGCCCUCCCACACCCUCUAAUCUUCAACCCACUAUCCAAGACUUGGUCCUCUGGUCCCCCGUUCUCAACCCCACGACGGUGGUGCGCCGCCGGAGCCUCAUGCGCCGCCGUGGUUGUCGCGAGUGGGAUAGGCUCACACUUCACCCAGACCGUUGCUCGGUCCGUUGACAAAUGGGUGUUCCGGGAACCAAAUCUUAUUGAUAAAAAAGGUCAAGAUGCAAAUGGGGUUUGGAAAAAGAUGGGAUCUUUGAUAGAUGUGAAGUUUAGUAGAGAAGCCAUUGAUGCAGUUGGAUGCAAAGGGAAGCUUUAUAUGGUGAACGGUGGUAAAGAAGGGGUGGUUUAUGAUGUGAACUCCGACGAGUGGUGGCAGAUGGCGGAGGGGAUGGUGGGUGGGUGGAGAGGGCCGGCGGCGGCGAUGGAUGAUGAGAUAAUAUAUAUGGUGGAUGAACAAAAAGGCGUGUUGAGGAAGUAUGAUGAUGUGGUGGAAGUGUGGGUGGAUAUUUUGGAGGAUGAUAUGUUAAUAGGGGCUGAGCAUAUUGCCGCCGGUGGUGGUAGAGUGUGUGUUGUGCGUGGUGGUGGUAUUGGGAUUUUGGUGGUGGAUGUGGCGGCAGCGACGCCGUGGUUGUCGGUUUUGGAUACUCCGGCGGGACAACAAGUGUUGGGGCUUCAUAUUCUGCCUAGAAUGUCUUCGCCGGAGUUUCAAUCGCCGGAGGUAUGCUAA